CGCAGUAACUAUCUUAAUCUUAGGGAUUUCGAGAAAAUAUGCGACGCAAUUAUAAAUUUCAGAAUAUUGUGCAAUUGUAUUUUAUAUAAGUAGAUGUAUCACUUACAAACAUUUAAAGAAACAUGUAGCAAAACCACUGUUGCAUGAAUAAGCCAGUUUAACCGGGGAUGUACCUACCAUGAUCUAAAACUAAGACUGCGCGACUCAACGUUUGACUCUAUUGUCUAUGACAUUCUGAAUUGACAAUCAAUCAUGGCGAGCACGUCGAGAAUGGAGGCUAACAAAGUGGUGUGCUAUGCUCACCCAGAUGCACCCCUCAUUGAGGAUUACAGGGCUGGUGACAUGAUAUGUUCAGAAUGUGGUCUUGUAGUGGGAGACAGGGUUAUAGAUGUGGGAUCAGAAUGGCGAACCUUUAGCAAUGAGAAGUCAGGUGUGGAUCCAUCCCGUGUUGGUGGACCAGAGAAUCCCUUGCUUUCCGGUGGUGAUCUCUCCACUAUCAUAGGACCUGGACGUGGAGAUGCUUCAUUUGAUAGCUUUGGAGUAUCUAAAUACCAAAACAGACGAAAUAUCAGUAGUAAUGACAGAGCACUUAUCAAUGCAUUCCGAGAAAUAAACACAAUGGCUGACCGAAUAAACCUGCCCAAAACAAUUGUGGACAGAGCUAAUAAUUUAUUUAAACAGGUUCAUGAUGGCAAAAACUUAAAAGGCAGAGCUAAUGACGCUAUCGCCUCUGCUUGUCUAUACAUUGCUUGUAGACAGGAAGGUGUUCCACGUACAUUCAAAGAAAUUUGUGCAGUCAGCAAAAUAAGUAAAAGAGAAAUUGGAAGGUGUUUUAAGCUUAUUCUCAAAGCACUUGAAACUUCAGUGGAGCUUAUCACUACCGCAGACUUCAUGUCACGGUUCUGUUCGAAUCUUGGUCUGCCGAAUUCUGUGCAACGAGCUGCUACACAUAUUGCUCGCAAAGCUGGAGAAUUGGAUAUCGUGUCUGGUCGUAGUCCAAUCUCCGUUGCUGCUGCAGCUAUUUAUAUGGCGUCUCAGGCGUCAGAUGACAAGCGCAGUCAAAAAGAAAUCGGAGACAUUGCGGGUGUGGCUGAUGUUACCAUCCGGCAGUCUUACAAGCUCAUGUAUCCGUUUGCUGCCAAACUGUUCCCCGAAGACUUCAAGUUUGCCACACCUAUUGAGUUCCUGCCACAAAUGUGAAAUGUAUCCACUUACUUUGAGAUAAGUUUAAGAUGUAAGUUAACUAUUAUAAUCAUAUUUGUAAUUUCUGUGUAAAUUUAUUGUGCCAGUUGUUCCCAGUCUUAGUAAAUUAUUGUUUUUCAUGGUUGUAUAUUUCAUUCCCAUAAUAUACUUAAAUUAUGUAAUGUCAAACUCCAUGGUUAGGUUACGGGGGGUCGGCACAGUAUGUACUACUCCAUAUAUCUCUAUCAGCCGUCAUAUCUGAAUUUACCCCCU